AUGGCAAUUCAGGACGCGGGUCAGCACUCGCUGGGUCCCCGGCAGUGCGGCUCCUGCGGGAUGCUGUUCGCUCCCGGCGUUCCCGAGGAUCGGCUGCAGCACCUGCGGCACCACCGGAGGCUGCGCCAGGCCCUGACACACACGGGCUGGAAGCAGGAGCGCGUGGUGGCGGAAUUCUGGGAUGGGAAAAUCCUCCUGAUCCUUCCCGAGGAUCCCAAAUACGCCCUCAGGAAGGCCGAGGAGGUUCUGGCCGUGGUGGAUUCCGAGCUGGGUUUCCCGGAGCAGUCCCGGCCGGGUUCCGGGCAGCGUUCCCGGCUGUUCCCGGCGCAGUCGCGGCUGUACCUGUUCGUGAGCCCCGGGCAGUGCGUGCUGGGCUGCCUGGUGGCACAGCCCAUCCGCCACGCAUUCCGCGUGCUGCCGGAGCCGGGCUUGGCACCAUUGCCAGACCCCCAGGACGCCCAGAAUUCCCAGGAUCCCCGUGACCCCCGGCAUUCCCGUCGGGAUCCGCAGAGCGACCCGUGUGCCCGCGCCUGGCGCUGCUCGCUGUGCCCGGAGCCGGCGGCGUGCGGCAUCAGCCGCCUCUGGGUGCUGGGGGCGCGGCGGCGCCGCGGCAUCGCCCGCAGGAUGAUGGACGCCCUCAGGCGCACGUUCGUGUUCGGGGCCGUGCUGAGCUCCCGGGAUUUGGCCUUUUCCGACCCCACGGCCGACGGGAGGGAAUUCGCUGCCCGCUACUGCGGCCGCCACGACUUCCUCGUCUACAGCCCCCUCGCACCGGGAUCCACACCG